AUGGCUGUCGGAGAUUGUGUGGAAGAGGAUGUGAGAAUGCUGUGGUUUUCGACAAUGAUUGUUUGGAAGAGGAUAUACUCUGUCAUCGGACCUAUGACCGUGUCGAUUCAAUUGUCAGGAAUGGUGCUUGCAAACCUUUGUAGCCUCAGCAAUCGAGUAUUCGAUGUAUAUAUUCAGGGUAAGAAAGUGUUAGAAAACUUCAAUAUAAUGGAAGCAGCUGGAGGUGCUAGAAUUGGAAUUUAUCGAGAUUUUAAUGCCAUAUUUGACAUGAAAACUUCAAUGCUGGAGAUCCACCUCUAUUGUAGCCUCAGCAAACGAGUAUUCGAUGUAUAUAUUCAGGGUAAGAAAGUGUUAGAAAACUUCAAUAUCAUGGAAGCAGCUGGAGGUGCUAGAAUUGGAGUUUAUCGAGAUUUUAAUGCAAUGGUUGACAUGAAAACUUCAAUGCUGGAGAUCCACCUCUAUUGGUGGAAUGUCAACACGUCAAAUCGUGGGACUUGUAAUAGCUUUACUCAUUUGCAUCAUACUAAGCUAGAAUUAAUGGCUGGACGUGAGGAGCAGAGAUUGAACUUAGACUGGGCCACAAGGAGGAAAUUUUGCAUUGGAAUUGCCAAAGGAUUGACAUAUCUGCACGAGGAGUCUGCCCUCAAAAUUGUGCAUCGAGACAUUAAAGUGACAAUUGUGCUGCUUGAUACAGACUUCAAUGCGAAGAUUUCGGACUUCGGAUUGGCGAAAAAUCUAUGA